AGACGCUAACCACGCCUCCCUGCCUCCCAGGUUCUCCCAGCCGCGCAUCUUCAGUCAAGAAUGGCGGCUCUUUUGGAAUCUGUUCUGUCGCGGAAAGUGGACAUUAACAAGGUCGUAGGCUGGCUGAAGAAUGUUGAGGAGAGUGACUGCGAACCUGAAGUGACAGUUCAGAAACACGAAUUUGUCCCUUUUCUUUUAAACUUUCUGAGGGAGCAGAGCAGUCAAGCUCUCACACAUGGCCCCGCCACUCCAGCUAAGACCCCCAGCCGUCCCAGGCCCACGGCUCAGUCUCAAGGUGGUUUCUCAGACAAGGUGGCGUGCAGAUCAGCGGGCAGUUCCAGUCGUGUGCAGCUGUUUUCUCCCGCCUCGUCUCUGUCACCUGGAAAUGAGUCUGAUGCUGCCGGUCAGUCAGGUCUGAGCGGUGUGAGUGCCUUCAGCAGCCCCUCUUUGUCUACAGCAUGGAGCCCUGCCUCCAGGCCGCCAGGCUCUGAUCGCCGACACAGCCAGAAGAUGUGUCUUGGGGACUACAUGGUGUCUCCUCCUGAUGUGUCACACAAGGGGCGCAAGAAGAGUGGUGGCAGCUCAGCAGCAGGGGGACAAGUGAGACACGGAGGAGGGCGUGGAGGCUCUAACGCGGAGGAGACUGGACGAUGGGAGACUGGAGGAAAGAGAUCAGUUAGAGGAUAUAGCAGGAUAGGUGAGCAGGUUUCCCCUCCAAAUUUAGGUCAGCUCAACUUCCACAACUUGGAGGAAUUUCCUCCUGUUGGAUCGUCGUCUUCCCCUGCGAUGUCCAAACCAUCAAGAAGAAUAAACCCAACUCCGGUCAGUGCAGAUCGGCCACACUCGAAACCAAAGACGUGUUUCACAUCCACCCCGUUCCACAAAGCUCCGGGCCCUCCAUCAGGACCAGAGACACUGGAUGGUCUGAUGACAGCAGGAAGUCCAGUGAGCCUGAAAGAAGAGAGGGAAUUACUUAAAAGAGAGAAAGAUAUUUUUUACGAGCUGCUGCGAGAAUGGGAGGACCUUCACAAAGAACCAGGGUGGAGCUUUGAUGCUGUGCUUGGAGGUAGAAUCAGGGGAAUAAUGAAUCAGCUGACUUUGGCAGGAAUUCAUUCACAUUUUGCCCGUUUGUUCUUGAAGCAGCUUGUUCAGCUUAACCAGCACCUCCAGGACAGCUUGUGUCAGCAGCUCCUCCAGCUGGAUGAGGUUUCCAUACUCAGCCCUCCUGCUUCCAUCGGGGAUGGAGGGGAGGAGGAGGAAGAUGGAGACAUGGAGCAGCAGGAUGAGAAGCAGCGGUUCUCCUCGGUGCUGCUCCUGGCCCGUCUUCUAGCAAAGUUCCUGGGAUUCAUUUCCUUUUUCCCUUACCAAACAUCUGAGAGACCGUCACGAGAGAUACACGAGACGUCUUUAGCUCUGCGCAGCAAGAGAGCUCAGGUCCUGGAUGUGUGUGCCGUGCUGAGUAACAGUAUGAAGAGGAGGCGGACCAUCUUGACUGUGCCCUGGCUGGUGGAGUUCCUCUCCAUGUUAGACUUCAUUGGGCCUCUGCUGCUCUGCUACAGGACUGCACUGGGAACGCUGCUUCUCCUCUACAG